GUCAGCCGCCUUUGCGUCACCGCGCCCUCCGUCCUCAGGGAACGCGCACAUUCCUAUUGUCCAAGAUGGCGGCCUUGGUGCAGCUCCUGUGAUGCUGAAAUGGUUCGCAUGUUUUUUAACCGUUUUAACCGUAAAUGUGCCAAAAAUCAGCGGCCGCCCUGGAAGCGCGUCUCUCCGUGAAGCUGUUUCCUGCCGCCUUUUCUCCACAAACACUCCGGGAACCUACUCCAAGCUCCGAAUUCCCGCUGCAGAAACCGAAAAGUUUGGGCUCCAUUAUCCGGUGAAAGAUGAAGAGGCAGGCCGGGAGAGAGAGCAGCCCGUCCCGGGCUGUCGCUAAGCGGAUUCGGGAGAGGGAGCGGGAGAGCGGCCGCAGAGAGGAGCUGCCCCCGCCGCCUCUGGCUCUGCUGCUGGCGGAGAGCAGGAGCUCCCACCGCCGGAGCCGCAGCAGGGAGCGUGAGAAGCCUCGGCUCAGAGAGGAGCGGGUUGCUGCCUUGGAGCUCCACCACCGACACGAACUCAGCCUCCUCGGCCGCCCGCCGCUGCGCUCCACAGAACCCCCCGCCGCCAGGCCCGGGACGCUGGAGUACAAGACGCUCCUCAUCAGCAACCUGGGCUCACAGGUGACGGACGAGGACGUGGAGGAUGCGCUAUUUCACGAAUUCAAAAAGUUCGGGGACGUCAGCGUGAAGCUGUCGCACACCCCGGAGCUCGGCCGGAUCGCCUAUGUCAAUUUUCGCCACCCAGAGGACGCUAAAGAGGCCAGACACGCCAAGUCUUCCAGGUUGGUUCUGGGUGAGCGUCAGCUCAAAAUAGAGCCCAUGUACGUGAGGAGGCGGAGUGUCACCCCGCCGGACGUUGGAUAUUUGCCCCUGCAUCCGCCAUACCCGUACAGGCAGCGCUCCCUGUCCCCACCCGGGCCCGCAGUGAGCAGUCUGCGAGAGCUUAGGGCCCGACAGUACGCCCUGGAGAGUUUGGCUCUGAGCAGGGACCGGGACAGGCUGCUGGAUUAUUAUGGCAUGCUGGAUGAGAGGGGGCGACCGUACGGCUUCCCUCCCAUGCCCGUGGUGGAGGACUUAAAGCCCGAGGACGACCAGAGGGCCACCAGCAACCUUUUUAUUGGGAAUCUGGAUGGGAAUGUGACAGAGGUUGAGCUCAGGAGGGGAUUUGAUAAGUAUGGCAUAAUUGAGGACGUGGUGAUUAAACGCCCGGCCCGUGGACAGGGUGGCGCCUACGCCUUUGUAAAGUUUCAGAACCUGGACAUGGCCCACCGGGCCAAAGUGGCCAUGCAAGGCCGGCUGAUUGGUGGGAACCCAAUAAAGAUUGGCUAUGGCAAAGCGAACCCGACCACCAGGCUCUGGGUGGGUGGCCUGGGGCCCGGGAACUCUCUAACCGCCCUGGCCCGGGAGUUUGAUCGAUUUGGAAGCAUCAGGAACAUUGACUAUGUAAAAGGUGACAACUUUGCUUACAUACAGUAUGAAAGUCUGGAUGCUGCUCAGGCUGCCUGCACCCAAAUGAGGGGCUUUCCUUUGGGGGGCCCUGAGCACCGUCUCAGGGUGGACUUUGCUAAAGUUGAGGAGAGCCCCUCCCGCCCCUUUCCUCCUGGUUACCAGCCUCCUGUUGCACUCUCCUCCCACUAUGAACUCCUUGGGGAGGCGUACAGUCGCCAUCGCAGCCUGGAGCGAGAACUCAGAGGGGGGAGAGAGCGAUCCCCGCCAUCCCACAGCCUCCUCUCUCUGAGGGAGAGGAACCUGCUGGAGAGAGACUUUCCCAUCAGCCCCACACGAAGCCUGGAGAGGAGGUCCGGAGGAGUUGAGGCAUUUGGGAGGAGUGGGCGAGCCGUGAGGAGCCGGAGCAGAAGCAGGGAGCGAUGGCUGAAGGAGCGGGAGGAGAGGAGGAACCGGAGGAGGAGCAGGAGUCUCUCCACAGAGAGGCAGACGGAGGAGAAAGAGAGGGGGAGGUCGAGGGUUCGUGGUCCAGGAGGAGCCAUGUCUCCUGAUGCAAGCCCAGACCGAGCAAGGGUUCGAGCCCCCGACUCCACCACAGAACCACGAGACCACUCCCCUGAUAGCGGCGCAGGACGACACUCCUCCACCAACGAAGAAGAGCCUCUAGUCAGCCGCCACCACAGCAAGAGGUCUUCCAGCGAUCACCUGAACAACCACCAUCACCGAACCAACGAGCUGGCUGCUGCUGGCUCACCCACCCCCCACACAGACACCCCCACCUCUCCGUGCACCCUGUCAGAGUUCGCUCAGGGCGUGCUCUCCAGACUUUGGCGUGGGUUCUUCGCUCUGAAGAACAGCAGCUUCCCCACAGACUUGUUCCUGCUGGAGGGCGGUGUGGCAUACUUCCACACGGUGAUGAAGGACAGCCUUAAGCUGCAGGGCCAGAACCAGCCGAGCCAGCUGAAGAUCGCCCAGCGCCUACGCAUGGACCAGGCUCGGCUCGACGAAGUGACACGCCGCAUCAAGCUGGGCCGCCCAGACGGCUUUGCCAUCCUGCUGGCCCUGCAGGGGCCCGUCGACCGCCAGGCCCCGGGGCUGGAGCUGGGGCUGCAGGUGCGCCUGCUUCGACACCUGGUGACAUACCUGCGCAACAAAGAGGCUGCCGGUGUGGUGAGCCUGCCUGGCGCCAAGGAGAGCGGUCCGGGCGCCAUGCUGUACGCCUUCCCUCCUGGAGCGUUCUCACAGCAGUUCCUGCAGGCAGCCAGGAGGACUGUGGGUAAUUUGGAUGAAGAGCACAUGGUCGUCGUGAUCGUCAACGACACUAAUUGAUUACUGUACAGGAAGGCGUGCACGGACACUUCCAUGUUGUUUUAAACAUUUCAGUGUUUGGUUCAGUUUAAGUGAAUUCUAGCCAGUUACACUACAUGUUCCACUCUCUGUUCCUCAGUGUCAUCCAGCAGGAUGAAGGUGAUCCGGGCUGAACCAGGAGGAACUUUUAAGAGCACUCACAGGACAUAGAAAAACUCCAGAUUUUCUAUAGUAAGCUGUAAAACCUGACACUAAACCCAGAACUGUUUCUCUGCUCGUUACUUUAUGCGUUUGUAUCCAUCCUGGGACACGCGGCAGCAGAACGUUUCUGUAAACUUGAAGCUGAUUUUGUGUGUUAAUCCACAGUGGUUUUCCAUCUGCCUCUCUGUUCUGGUGUUUUUAGCAUUCCAGUCCCAUCCUCCCAUGUUGCAUGCACCAGGAGAUCAAUCCAAACCUGUCUGUGUGGAAAUGAAAAGUUGCCUUUCAGGAAUUCUAUUGAACGACCCGUUUGAGUCGUGCUUGUUUGGACUUUUUUAUCGUGCUCAUUUAUACCCUGAGUUUUUAUUACACGAGACCACCCAUGUGUUGUCCAUCUGUUCUAGUUUUUAUUACAUGUCCACAUCAGCAGGUUUUUGUACAGAUGAGCGACAGAUUUAUGAAGCUUAAAACAUUUCUGACCCCAAAAAGCGAAUUAAAAAAUUGGAAGUUAAAGAACCAAAUUGGACAUUUUUAGGGGCCAGUGUUCUAACAUUGGGAUGAAUGAUGGUCACUAAUGUAUUUUAAAAAGAGGAAUAUUUCAUGUGUUUAUUGUGUCAUCUGAAAAUUGAACAUGUUUCUGACUUAAAAUAAAACCAGAGUUUUUGCA